AUGGGAGACACCGUUGGAACUCCCUUCUCGUUAGAUAAUAAUUCCUCAACCUUUUCUGGUUGGGCCAGAGAAGCAAUUUUUUGUUGCGAUAAACCCCAACUUGGGUUCCGUUUGGGGUUCCUCGGAGGCGGGUUCCUUGUUUGGAAACUCCGUUUCUUGGUCCUGAACGGGGAACUCCAAAACCUACAAGCCAGCGACGAGGAUCUGUACGGCGCGGAUCUCCACCUUCAAUAUAUAUCAACGCUGCCUGAAACGAAUUCGCAAUCUUUAGAACAAAAA